AUGAAUUCGAUGAUGUUGAAGAUCUUGGCCUGUGUCUUGGCCUUUGUUUUAUUUUUUGAUGCCGUUGCGGCACUUCCGUUGGUCACGAAAUAUGAGGUAAGGCAACCUUUCAAUCACCGAUCCGAUCUAACUAUUAUACAGUCAAUUUUUCCUUCUAUUUAAAUUUGAUUUCUUUUACUAAUUUCAAUUCUUACAGGACACUGACUUCCUUGUUGACCCAAUCUACGUCGUAAAGCGCUCCGAAGAGUUUGAGCUCCCAGCGCCCAUCCAAGGCGAUAGCUUCGAAGUCGACGAACUCCCAAGAACCGAUCGGAAACAGUUCGCUCGCCAACAACGAUACCUCGAGAUUCUUCGAGACUACUUGCAACAGCCGGCUGUGUAA